AUGGGUGGCAUGAAUCGGGCAGCGUCCUUGGCAACGUUGGCGAUUGUAUGCCUCGUCUUCUUUGUGGACAUUGCGAACCUGGGCAUGGCCAAUAUCGCCCUGCCCACAAUCCAGAAGGAUCUUGGUUAUAAUGACGGAACGCGGCAAUGGGUUCUGACUGCCUACCAACUGACGUUUGGUGGCUUUCUUAUGGCAGGCGGCCGGCUAGGCGAUAUCUUCGGCCACAAAUAUGUCCUCCUGGCGGGCAUGACACUUUUCAACGCAGCGACUCUGGUCUGCGCCCUUGUCAAUGACCAGAUUGGGCUUAUCAUUGGCAGGGCCUUCCAAGGUAUUGCAGCAGCGUUGACAAUUCCUUCAGCGCAGUCACUAGUUGCCCUGUCAUUUAGUGACCCUAAAGCGCGUGUCAAGGCUUUCAGCGCAUGGGGCGCUUGUGGCUCGACUGGCUUUGUGUUUGGUCCGAUCUUUGGCGGCUUGUUUACUUCACUUGUCACAUGGCAAUGGAUCUUCUGGCUUUCUCUUAUCGUUGAAGGAGCCCUCGAAAUUGCAGCUCUUGCUCUCUUAUUUACGAAAAACCUGCCUGAUGAAAGCGCAGUAAGAGAUAAUGAUAGUAGCAAAUGGUCCAACUUACACAUCCGGAUCGAUAUUCUUGGGACCUCUAUAUCCGUGGCAGCAUUGAUCCUUCUUGUCUACGGCCUGACGACUGCUAAUAUCCAUGGUUGGGACCAAGUAGACGUUAUUACAACACUAGUUAUUGCUGUCGUAUUAUUUUUUGUGUUUGUUCUCGUCGAGCUUAAGGUCUCCUCUCAUCCCAUCCUGCCUGAUUAUUUAUGGGGUGACAGGAUAAAGGUUCUGGGAUGUGUGGUUGCAGCACUGACAUAUGCUGUCUGGCAAGGAUCAAAUUACUUGCUAACUCUUCAGCUGCAGAACUUCGGCUUUUCUGCUCUAUCAACAGCGCUUCGCUUCCUGCCCUUGGGAAUAACUGCCUGCGUUGUUAAUUUCGUCAUCCCCAUGCUCCUCGCACCUGUCGGCGCCCGCAAGCUACUCAUUGCGAGCUGGCUUCUUGCCCUGGCUGGGUUAAUUCUUCUGACCCGAAUGGGCGCAGGCGAGGAUUACUGGCGGCUUUGUCUCCCCGGUAUGAUCUUGUACAUAGCCGGGAUUGGAACGGUAUAUUUUGUGGGAAAUGUGAGUGUUGUUGCAACGGCGAACAAAGAGCACCAGGGGACUGUGUCUGGUGUUUAUAAUAUGUUCCUCAACGUCGGCGGUGCAACCCUAGGUGUCGCGGUUUUGACAGUUAUUUCUGAUUCAGUUGCCACGAAGUACGGCGGAAAAAAUGAUACACAGGCUCUCUUGGAGGGCUAUAGAGCUGGAUACUAUGGCGCCAUUGCUAUGAUAGCAAUUGGAUUUGUGGUUUCCUUUUUCUUUGCAGCACCUGCCGAGAAAAACGAAGAUGAAGGAGGUAACAAUGCAACGCCCACCGAGAUGAAUAACAAAGCCGGAGAAGGCAACAAAACAAAUGAUGGAAAGGAUGACAAGCAAUCAUCACCGAUUUCUGAUCCUAGCGCCGAUGGAGAAGAGGAUGGAAAGGCUGAAAAAACCGUUUCACCUGGAGUCAUGGAAGGGACCUCUAAAGUUAGUGAACCAACCAACUAGAAGAUGUCCAAUGAUUCAGCUAUCGUAAGGAUGGUUUUUACCUCUUAUGGGAGCUGAAAUGUGAUCAAUUGAGAAAUUUGACCAGGAGAAUGCGCAUAUGAUUUCAGAAUUCACACUCUAUCCCAUAGGAGUAUCCGAUUAUACCUACAGUGAAUUUAACUAAGCGCGGAG